AUGGGCACAGGCAAGAAGGAGGCGUCUCGGCGAGAGCGCCAGGGGAAGAGUAACGAUGGAAUGGGCAAUGUUCGAACCAAGGGUGAAAAUUUCUACAGAGAUGCGAAGAAAGUGAAGACCCUUAAUAUGUUUAAGGAUGGAAAGGCUCAACGAAACGCAUCUGGAAAAAUCACCAAAGCUGCAUCAUAUCAAUCUCGAGAAAAGCCGAGUGCUCGGAUUGAGCCAAACAGGAAAUGGUUUGGGAAUACUCGAGUCAUCUCUCAAGAAGCCUUGAGCUCGUUCCGAGAGGCUGUUGCCGAAAAGGCAGCUGACCCUUACCAAGUCUUGCUUAAAACGAACAAACUCCCAAUGAGUCUUAUUCAGGAUGGCCAUGCUCCAAAUGGCCUGAAGCAACAUAAGGCUAAGAUUGCUGUUGAAAAUGCCCCGUUUAGUGACACCUUCGGGCCCAAGGCACAGAGAAAGCGUGUUAAGCUGAGUGUUGAUACUCUAGAAGGUCUCGCCGGGGAGACGGUAAAGAUGCAUGACAGCUAUUUGGAUCGCUUGGAGCAGGCGAAACUGCUCAGCGGCACAUCAGGUGAUGCCAAUGCUGAUACCAAUGGCGCUGAUGCAGAGCUCACUGCCGCCAGAGAGCCAAUUUUCUCAAAGGGCCAGAGUAAACGUAUCUGGAAUGAACUGUACAAAGUCAUUGACUCAUCGGACGUUAUCGUUCAUGCUCUCGAUGCCAGAGACCCUGAAGGCACUCGGUGCAGGAGUGUUGAGAAAUAUAUCCAGGAUGAAGCGCCACACAAGCAUCUGAUAUUUGUUCUAAACAAGUGUGACUUGGUGCCAACCGGUGUUGCUGCUUCCUGGGUCCGUGCUUUAUCUAAGGAGUACCCUACGCUUGCAUUCCAUGCCAGCAUUAAUAACUCUUUUGGCAAGGGAUCGUUGAUCCAGCUCUUGCGCCAGUUUUCAAUUCUCCAUUCAGAUCGCAAACAAAUAUCGGUGGGAUUCAUUGGCUAUCCUAAUACCGGAAAAUCUUCCAUUAUCAACACUCUUCGGAAGAAGAAAGUAUGCACUGUUGCUCCAAUCCCUGGAGAGACUAAAGUAUGGCAGUACAUAACGUUGAUGAAGCGAAUUUACCUCAUCGACUGCCCUGGAGUUGUGCCUCCGAGCAAUAACGUCACAGAGGAGGACAUCCUUCUACGCGGUGUUGUUCGAGUAGAGAAUGUUGAAAAUCCAGAACAGUAUAUUCCUGCAAUUCUCAAGAAGACGCAGCAGCGCCACAUUGAACGGACAUACGAAAUCAAGGGGUUCACAGAUGCCACAGAAUUUCUAAGCAUAUUAGCUCGAAAGGGUGGCCGGUUGCUGAAAGGUGGUGAGCCUGAUGUUAACGGUGUUGCAAAGAUGGUGAUAAAUGACUUCCUCCGCGGAAAGUUGCCUUGGUAUACUCCUCCACCUAAGGCUGCCGAUGCUGGAGAUGACAAAAUAAAUGGCCGUGAAGGUCGAUUAGGCGAGAUGGGAGUCAAGAGGAAGGCGGAUGAUGCCAAAGACCAGGACGGGGAUGAAAUCGAUGCUGGCACUGACGCAAGCGAUGAGGAUGCGGAGAACGCCGGGCCAGAAGACCGUGAAAACGGGUCGGACGGCAACGAAGAUGAAAGCGAGUUUGAAGGAUUUGGAGAUUCAGACAAUGAAGACGGGGGUGCUCCGAUAAACGCAGAUCCCAGUCCAUGA